AUGACGGCAGUGGAGUUGCAGCCCCUCUGCUUCCCCGUGACCCCCCUUCUCCACAACAACAAGCUGCCCUGUCCUACAGUAAAACGACUGACAGAGUGCACAGGCACUAGCCUGCAUCCCUGCCCUAUUGCAGGAGCAAAACCGAUGCUCCCCGUGGCCCCGGCUACGGGGGUGCCGAGGGCUCGGGCCCCCGCCUCGGCACUUCGCACCCCCCCCCGGGACGCGGUGGCCCUCUCAGAGCAGGGGGGAGGGCGGCCCCACGCCUCGGGGCUCUGGGCCUGUGCUGAGACUCACCCGCCUCUCUCUUCUCCCUCACCCACGUCCUGCUUCUCCCUCAGAGUCAGCAGAGGUGAAUUUGGAGGUUACGGCCCAGCGCAGGGAUUCUCCAGGCACUCCCUGCUGACGUGGUCCACGUCCGCUGUGGACAAGAAGACCCUCGACCCGAUGGAGCCAGCAUGCACACUGUGCCGCCGUCCGGAGGCUGACCCAGAUAUCUGCGGGCACAAACUGCAGAAGCAGGGGCUCUGUGCCCAUGAGUUUUGCCUGUAUUUUGCCAACAAUCUGUGUCAGCAGCGGGUCGAGGAAUUAGGCCUCAGGGGAUUCCUCCCUGAGGACAUUCGGUGCACAGUCAAGCGGGCAGCGCGGAAGCAUUGCUUCGUCUGCGGCGAGACCGGGGCCACCAUCACCUGCCGAGACACGCGCUGCCACCGCAGCUUCCACCUUCCCUGUGCCAUGGAGGGUGGAUGCGUCACGCAGUUCCUCUACCAGUACAGGUCCUUCUGCUGGGAACACUGCCCAGGGCAGGCAGUGGAGGCGGCUCCGGAGGAGAACACCACCUGCCUCAUCUGCCUGGAGCUGGUGGGGGAUGCAAAGUCCCACAGCACCCUGGUGUGCCCGGCGUGCAAGCACGCCUGGUUUCACAGGGCCUGCAUCCAGGGACAGGCUGUCCGCGAAGGCCUCUGUUCGUUCCAGUGCCCGCUCUGCAGGGACAGGGACACAUUUCUCUCUGAGAUGCUCAUCAUGGGGAUCCGAGUCCCCUUCAGACUGCCAUCACGGGACAGCCAGGCAGAUGCAGCACUGAGCGAGCGGCACAGCCACUGUGACGCCAGUGACUGCAUCUGUCCAGGAGGCCGGGAGCAGGCAGAGGAAGAGGGGCCCUGGGAACUGCUCUUGUGCAGCUCCUGUGCUGCUGAGGGCACCCACGUAGGGUGCUCCGACUUGAGGAGCAGCAUAGACAGCUGGGAGUGCGACAGCUGUGCUGGCCUGGGCACCGCCUCCAGCCCCAGCACGGAGCUCGCCAGGCCCAGCACUGCCAGUCAGCCAGGGGAAGAGUGCCCCAGCAGCUCUCCAGCACUUCAGGGAGGCCUCUGCCCCAGUGGCCCUGGGCCCAUGCGGGAGCGAAACCUCUCCCGCUUUCACCAUCGGGCCCCAAAUCCCUACACUGGGCCCAGAGGUCGCCGACAGAGAAGCCGCAUGCCAGCACCACGUGCUGGGAGCGGCACCUCCAGCCAGGCGGUGCAGGGGCCAUCCAUCAGCUCGCCGGCACCCGAGCCCCCCCGAGGGUCCCGAGUGCUGGAGAGCAGCAGGGGCUCCAGCCCCACUGGGCCCUUGCGGACGCAAGACCGCUACAGCUUGCGUCGCCGGGCCCAACACCCUUACAGCCGGGCUGGACGCCGCCAUGGGACCAGCCAUGUGACAUCCUUCCCUGCUGGCCCUGAUCCUCCUCUACCAGCACAAUAA